UACCGGUGCUAAAAUGAUAACUUUUAAAACAGUACCAGAACAUAUACUUUAAAAAAGAGGCAUAAAACCAGGCCAUAAAUUUCAUAUUUUUGAAGGGAAAGGCCAUUUGGCCGUCAAUUUCAUAUGUUUUUGGAGGGUACAAAGGUCGAGGCAAAUGACAUGAUACAGUAUGUAUAUGUACCUUCUGUCUACAGCCUGAGCAGUAAAGUUACAAACUAGUGCAGAUACCUGUGGGGUGGCGAAAGGGAAACAUGCAGAGAUAGUGUAGUACCUGUGCACUUUUAUUAUAAUUUGGACUGCAGGCACCGAGAUUCGAACCUUCAACCUUCUGGUUGGAAGACGCCUGCUCUACCCACCGCACCACUGUCGCAUCCCCGUCCAGAAGAAAUGACAUCUGAUUCCUCUUAAACCCCUGAUCCAGCUUGCUGCCCGGUGUUUUAGGCGUCGAACUGCAUUUUCGGUGUCCAUCCGUGAUCUUCAUCUUGGAGACAUCUUGAGUAGAACAGUGCUAUAUUUCAUACUAGUCGCAAACCGGAAACGGAUGAUUCUGUUUUGCAGCAUACGGAAGUAAGUUCCGCAUAACCCCUAUUGGCCUUGUUAAACGGCACCGGUCUACAUAUGAAAUCUGUGAUUAACCUAGUAAUCCCUGUCUGUCGUCUAAUUUAAAUCGUUUCUUGUAAAUAAAUCACACUGUAGUUGUACCAUGGACACCUCGGAGCCCCUUUUAACGACCACUUGAAUGCCCCUAAACCACAGUUUGGACAUCGGUGAUCUACAAAGUGGGGAGGUGGGAGGUGAUAAAUCCGUUAUUUUGAUGAUGAGAUCGCUCAGUAUGGACUCCCACAGCAAGGCGUGGCUUUUCAAAAAAGUUACCAACCACCGCUUUUAAUAGAAAUAGGUCAGUAUAAUCACAGCACGGUUUGAUUUUGUCCCGCAUGGGCGAGCGUAAACAACACGAGAAAGAAGUGUGAAGCAGCGGAAAAUGAGAUGCGGCUGUGAACUGCUCCAGCGAAAUAAAUAAGAGAUGAAAGCGUCUUUUUAUCCAGUCUGUCGGUAUCACGGAGAAGGACACGACACUGCGGAGAGACACGGUUGGCAAACAUAAUUUUAAAUGGGGAAUAAUACAAAGCAAACGUUUUCCAAAGGGAGGUGUUGCUUUGUCCAUGUUGCGCCCCGGUUCUGGAGCACCGGAUCCCGCUUGGAAGCCAAUGAACGAUCAAUGGUGCUCGGGCCGUAAGGGGGUCCGUCGUCCAUGAUUAAGCGACGUGUUCGGGGAGUUCUUUCUUUUUUUGUGACCCGCAGUUGGGGUGUAAGCGACGUUUAAAUCUCUAGCAAAGGUCUCCGACCUCCCUCCACCCCUGUCCUAGUAGUGGAUCAUAGGAUUGCCCUGUCAUCACCCCCUCCUCCCUGGACCAACAAGUUGAAGGAUUGCCGAAUCAACUUUGAUUCUUCCUUUGUUGUCUUUCUCUGCCUGUGUCCCCCCUCCACCUCUUUCCUUUUUUUCAUAAUGUAAUUUUUUUUUUUCGCUAUCAAGAGAGAUAACUUGAAAACAUUCACAGUGGAGACAUAAUACAAGUCACUGAUAUAGGAGGCAGAAAGAAGGGUCAAGUAGCUUUGGACUGCUGCAUAACAUCUUGAAUAUUGACAAUUGAACCCUGGGAUAAAUUACAUGCCUUCCCCUCUUACGCUAGUACGGCCAAAGAAAUGUGCAGUGGGGAAUCCAAAAUCUAGCCUGGUCUAUCAAUUGUUUUUGUAUUUUAAAAAGAGGUACCUUGGAAAGUGCACUGCUAUUGUGAUCCCUUGAUUCUGCCCUCUGGCCCUCCAUCCCACCAUCAUUUUCUCCUUUUCACUUCACCUUUCCAGCCAUUUAUUGCUUCUUCAGUUUGGUUUAGAGGUGGCAUUUUUAAUAAGCUAAAGGUCCUAGCCUCCCGCCCUUCUCUGUUUUCUUCCUUCGGCCUCCCCACCUGGCUUUCACCAUUCGCCCCUCCCUUGCAACGGCAGUCCUCCCCCCUCGUCCCCGCCCCCAGUCAUCCUCCCUUUCAACCUCUUCUGCCCCCUCCUCUCCCCAUCAUCAUCAUCCCCACAACCACCACCACCAGAUCUCUUCCUCUCCCCCUUGCUUUUCACCCCCUCCCUUCUCAAUAGCCAUGGCAACAGCUGCUACUGCCUCCUCUUCCUCCUCUCCUCCGUCCUCAUCAUCAGCCAAUGGCAGUGCUCGGGAACACCUGCUGGCAGUGCGCCAGCGUACCCCGCACACUCGGCCAUACACGAUUGGGCCUGACAACCUCCACAGUAUGUCAGUACAGGGCACAGGUGGAGCCUCCAAUACCGGGUCCUCCUCCUCUGCUAUGUCAUCAGAGAUCCAGCCAGAAGCAACAGGCAUGGGACUCCAGCGGGCUAAUAGUGAUACGGACCUGGUGACCUCAGACAGCCGCUCAUCACUCACGGCGUCUACAUACCAGUUGACUCUAGGUCACAGCCAUCUGGUGAUCUCCUGGGACAUCAAGGAGGAAGUGGAUGCCACUGACUGGAUCGGCCUGUACCACAUUGAUGAGAUGUGUGUGGCCAAUGUAUGGGACUCCAAGAAUCGCGGAGUGAACGGCACCCAGAGAGGUCAGAUUGUGUGGAGACUGGAGCCAGGACCCUACUUCACGGAGCCAGAGACUAAGAUUUGCUUUAAAUACUAUCAUGGUGUAAGUGGAGCAUUAAGAGCAACAACGCCUUGUAUCAUCGUCAGGAACCCUGGAGUGCAGGUGGGCAGUGAAGGCCAAGUAGAGGACCAAGCAGGGACUGAGCACUGUAGGAAACUUGUCAGCUUCACCCUAUCAGACAUCCGGGCGGUGGGCCUGAAGAAAGGCAUGUUCUUCAACCCAGACCCCUACCUGAAGAUGUCCAUCCAGCCCAGGAAGAGAAGCGGUCUUCCCAAGUUCACCCACCAUGGCCAGGAGAGACGAUCCUCCAUCAUAGCUAACACCACCAACCCUGUGUGGCAUGGGGAGAAGUACACCUUUGUGGCUCUUCUGACUGACGUUUUGGAAAUAGAAGUGAAAGAUAAGUUUGCCAAGAGCCGACCAAUCAUCAAGCGGUUUCUGGGUCAGCUGAUCAUCCCUGUGCAGAGAGUUCUGGAGGGGCCGACAGUUGACGAUCAGCUCAUCAGCUACAGCCUGUGUCGUCGACUCCCUACAGACCACGUGAGCGGGCAGCUUCUGUUCAGAGUGGACAUCACCUCUAAUGGACAUGAAGAAGCCUCCCCAGAGGCAGUAGGAACCCUCUUGGGCAGUGCAGUGAACAGUGACCCCGGCAGUCCUUCUGACGAUGAAGACCUCCCUCACCCGUCCUCAUCUUCACGUGUCACAUGCAGACUAUCUCCCUCAGGCUCUGAUGAGGGCUCCCUGUUGAUCAACGGUUCUUGUUACUAUGGCGAUGAUAGUGUGUGGCGGGAGCUGGGGCAGAUGGCAGAGGAGGAACUGCAUCCUGAGGUCCCGGGUGGCUACACCCACAGGCAGGUGUCACUCAAUGAUUACCUGGAUGCCAUUGACGCUCCCAGGAGCCCUGGGGACCGACCUCUGGCAGGGCCUUUGCCAAAACUGCGCUCCAGCUUUCCAACGGACACGCGGCUGAAUGCCAUGCUGCACAUAGACUCAGAUGAAGAUGAGGAAACAGUGGGGCAGCACAGCGAUCAAUCACAGGAGAUGAAAACACAGCAGAGCACAGAGUUAGUCUUAUCAAGAAGAUCAGACACAUCUAAAUCUCAACAGGGGAAUGGAGACUCAAAAGGAGAGCCACAGGGGCAGAGUGGGACUGGGCCUGGAGCUGGGGCUCCAGAAGAGACAGUCUCAUCUUCUGGUGAUCAGCCUCUAACUGAGCCUGCAGUGGAGGAAACAUCAACAACUGCUGUGACUGGAGAGGCUGAUGGUGCCUCAGGUGAAACCACCACAGUCUCUCGCUCAUCUCAGGCAUCAGGGGCUGAGGUGCCUGCAGCUGCUGAGGCUGCAGUGGAAUGUACCUGCCUGGAGCAAAGCAGCAGAACAGGUGCAGCACUUGGUCCACUUUCUCCCGUUCAGGAGGUGAAAUCAAGAAAAGAAGUGGCUCCAAAGGCAGAGGAGGAAGGGGCAGAGUCAUCGAGCAGCGAGGCGAAUGGGCCAGUAGCAACAUCUGCUGCUAGCAGCAGGAACACAGCUGAGCAGGGAGGAGCUGGCGCCACAGCUCCGGUCAAUUGCCACCAGUCUGUUCGUUCCCUGCCGUCUGUCCGCCAUGACAUUAACCGUUACCAGAGAGUGGAUGAGCCGCUGCCACCUAACUGGGAGGCUCGUAUCGACAGCCAUGGUCGGAUCUUUUAUGUGGACCACGUGAACAGAACCACAACUUGGCAGCGACCCACCGCUCCCCCUGCCCCACAAAUCCUCCAGAGGUCCAACUCCAUUCAGCAGAUGGAGCAGCUGAAUUCCAGGUAUCAGAGUAUACGCAGGACGAUAACCAAUGACAACAGACCAGAAGAGCAGCCAGCCAGUGAGCUGCUGACGGAUGAGACUGACGCACACCCCUCCAUCAUAGAGCUGCGUAGGGACAACAGUAUGGCUCAGACCAGUUCCAGGUCUCGACUCACCCUGCUGCUUCAGUCUCCCAGCGCCAAGUUCCUCACUAGCCCAGACUUCUUCACUGUGCUGCAUUCCAACCCUAGUGCCUAUCGCAUGUUCACCACCAACACGUGUCUGAAGCAUAUGAUCAGUAAGGUUCGUCGAGAUGCUCACCACUUUGAGCGCUACCAGCACAACAGGGACCUGGUGGCCUUCCUCAACAUGUUUGCUAACAGACAGCUGGAGUUGCCCAGAGGCUGGGAGAUGAAGCAUGACCACACCGGCAAGCCUUUCUUUGUGGACCAUAACUGCCGUGCCACCACCUUCAUCGACCCCCGGCUGCCUCUCCAGAGCUCUCGGCCCCCGAGCGUCCUGGCUCACCGCCAGCACUUGACCCGCCAACGCAGCCACAGUGCCGGGGAGGUCAGCCCACGACGACUGGUGGGCGAAGACCCUCGUCACACCGGCCCACCAGUCCUGCCGCGGCCCUCCAGUACCUUCACCUCUGCCAGCAGGGGGCAGUGCCAAGACAUCAUGCCAGUGGCUUACAACGACAAGAUUGUGGCAUUUCUUCGACAACCAAACAUCUUUGAGAUUUUGCAGGAGAGACAGCCUGACUUUAGCAGGAACCAUUCGCUCAGGGAGAAGGUGCAGCUGAUCCGCACAGAUGGAGUGUCAGGAUUGGCCAGGCUGUCAGGAGACGCAGACCUUGUCAUGCUGCUAAGUCUGUUUGAAGAUGAAGUCAUGUCCUACGUGCCUCCUCAUGCCUUACUUCACCCAGGCUACUGUCAGUCACCUCGGGGAUCCCCUGUCUCUUCCCCACAGAACUCACCUGGCACUCAGAGAGCUAAUGCCAGAGCUCCAGCACCCUACAAGAGAGACUUUGAGGCCAAACUGCGUAACUUCUACAGGAAACUUGAAACUAAAGGCUAUGGCCAAGGACCAGGGAAACUAAAGUUGAUCAUCCGUCGUGACCAUCUGCUCGAAGAUGCCUUCAACCAGAUCAUGUGUUAUUCCCGUAAAGACCUGCAGCGCAGCAAGCUCUAUGUCAGUUUUGUUGGGGAGGAGGGGUUGGACUACAGUGGUCCUUCAAGAGAGUUCUUCUUCUUGGUAUCCAGGGAGCUGUUCAACCCUUAUUAUGGUCUAUUUGAAUACUCUGCCAACGACACCUACACUGUUCAGAUCAGCCCCAUGUCCGCCUUUGUAGACAAUCACCACGAAUGGUUUCGGUUCAGUGGUCGUAUUCUGGGUCUGGCUCUGAUCCAUCAGUACCUCCUGGAUGCCUUCUUCACCAGACCUUUCUAUAAAGGCCUACUGCGCAUCCCAUGUGACCUUAGUGACCUGGAGUAUCUGGAUGAGGAGUUCCACCAGUCCCUUCAGUGGAUGAAGGACAAUGACAUAGAAGACAUGCUGGAUCUCACCUUCACUGUCAACGAAGAAGUCUUUGGACAGAUAACAGAAAGAGAGCUGAAGCCUGGUGGAGCCAACAUCCCUGUCUCAGAAAGGAACAAGAAAGAAUAUAUCGAGCGCAUGGUUAAAUGGAGAAUAGAGAGAGGAGUGGUGCAGCAGACUGAGAGCUUGGUCAGGGGCUUCUAUGAGGUGGUGGAUGCCAGGUUGGUGUCAGUCUUUGAUGCCAGGGAGCUGGAGCUGGUGAUUGCCGGCACUGCUGAGAUUGACCUAACAGACUGGAGGAACAAUACAGAGUACAGAGGAGGUUACCAUGACAACCACAUAGUGAUCCGGUGGUUCUGGGCGGCAGUGGAGAGGUUCAACAAUGAACAGAGACUACGGCUUCUGCAGUUUGUGACCGGGACGUCCAGUAUUCCUUACGAGGGUUUUGCUUCUCUGCGAGGCAGCAAUGGACCACGCAGGUUUUGUGUGGAGAAGUGGGGAAAAGUCACCGCACUGCCCAGAGCUCAUACCUGUUUCAACCGGCUGGACCUACCACCGUACCCAUCCUUCUCCAUGCUGUGUGAGAAGAUGUUGACCGCUGUGGAGGAGACCAGCACCUUUGGGCUGGAGUGAAACCCUGGUCUGUCUGCCAGUCAAUGGCUGCUGCUGGAAGUGAAAAGAGGAAACCAAUCACAGAAGCUAGACAAGAGUUCAGAAACUUCAAUUUAUGGUUUGUAUUAAAUUUUAUAGCAGAGGCUGAUAAGACAUUUGAACCAUGAAGCUGCACUUUGAUCUCUUCAGAGGCAAACGGUUUUUGUUCCUACACACAGACCCACAUGGCUUUCAGGACUGGGAUCAUAACUGCCCAACUGACCAAUCAGAGACCAGGAUGUCUUUUUCCCCUACUUUCUCUUUGAUACCAAGAGCAACCACUGCCUUCAGUGCAAAAGCGGAGUGGGUUCAGCCUCUUUUCUUCUAGUUUGAAUAGACCUCAAAACUGAGAGCUUCGAGUGGCACAUUUGAUGUAGUACACCACUCCUUUGUGGCCUGUUGUGAGAACUACACUUUCUUUUUCAAAGCCUUUUAGAAGACUCCCAGGCAUAACCUUUGGUAAUGUCUGUUGGCUGUUCUAGUGAACUUUACCUACAGCUUAUUUUGGAGUCCAGACAGAAGCUUUGAUAUUGUUACUACAUCUUUUUCAUCUACAAGAAAGAGCAAUUUUCUAAUGAUGUGGCAGUGAUGUUAUGAUUUGAGUGUAACUAAUUGUAUGAUGUGUGGGCAGUUUUUGUUUUUCUCUACCAGAUCUGGAUCAGCUGGCCAGCACUUACUUGAGUUAAUUAGUUGGUUAAUUUAAUUAAAUGACAUACAGCAUGUAAUCAGUAAGGCCAUCCAAUUUUAAACUGCCAUUUUAAGUCCAGUUAAUAAUGUACUGAAAGAAAAGGACCAAUAAUGUGUCAGCUGUUUCUCAUUGUUUUUGGCUUGUUAUUCGUAUUGCACACAAUAACUAGAACCUCUGAGAAAGACUGUCUACACAUGUAAUGUUGAGCUUGUGUAUUUAUGACUGAAUUUGAUUACUCAUAUGUAAACUCUGAUAUGAAAAGUUGAACUUUUUAAUAGUUACUCUAUAAUUGCACUUUGUCAUUUUAUUAACUUUCUAUUUAUCAUAAUUUAACAUGUUAAUUUAAUCAGGUUAUUUAGUAGAGCAGGUAAACAGUAAAAUCAAACUGUCUGCUAAAUAGAAAAGUAUGAACAUUUUUGUCUGAAAUCCACUUUAAAGGAGCUUUCCAUGAAUGUUCUCUUUACAUUCCUCCCUGCACUAUGAACGUAAGCAUGUGUUGAACUGCCACGUGGAACUACGGCUACAGCUGGAACCACAAGGUCAACUGUUGAGUUCCUGAGCUAACACUUCUGAAUGACUCGUUUUAUACACACAGCUAAAUCUAGACCAUAUGGAAGCUUAUUUCUGCCAAGGAAAAAAAUCUCAUACUUUUGUCUUAAGUCAAAAGUAGUCUCUUAAUAGUAACUUAGUAUCUUAUUUAUGACAAAAAACGAUUAGCCUGUCAAUUUCAACUUUUUCUCUUAAUUCUGACUUAGUAAAAGUCAUCACUAUUGCACUGUCUUGUCUCAGUCUCCUACUGCCAUAGUAUCUUAGCAUAAGACUUGGUUUUAUCACAAGUUAACUUUUUCUUCUAUUAUUUUUCAUUUCCUGAUGGAAAUGGGCUUACAUACGACAAAGGUGAUAACAACGGCCCGACUGUGUUUUGUUAAUUGGACAAAAACAACUUAACAGCACAUUUUAAGCAAAAUCAAACUGAUGUUCUCGAUUUUUGAAACUGCUUUUGAUGAACUCACAGACCUGCCAUUUAACUUUUUUUUUUUUUUUUUUUUUUUUUUUUUACACUUUUAGCGAUGAACCCUAAUCCAGAAUCCAAACUAUUAUUGCUGUUUGACUUGGAUAGGAACAUACUGUAGGUUAAUGAAUUUUCACAUCCACUUAAAAUGGGAUUAAAUGCUUAAAUUGUCAUGUUGAAAAUAUUGCUAAUAUUCCUCUCACUGAAUGCACUAUCCUCAGUCUAACCAAAGUUAAGAGCCUAAACCAGCUGCCUCACAUUAAACUCUCUGUACAGUCACUUUGAAUAUGAAUGUUUGUCAGCACUCCUCUCCUAAAGUAAAAGUUCAUCUCUACAUGCCAGCUUUUUCUGUUUCUUUCCACAUCAUUUUGACUGUAAGUUAACAAAACAGAGUGGGAUAAUAAAUGGACAUUUGUAUGUUUUUACUCAA